ACGGUCGUGCCUUGUUUGCGAAGCUCGUGAGUGUCACGCAGUCGUGUCUCGUACGUAAAUCAAGAUGGCAUCUGCGGAGCAGGUCGGCCUCAACAAAACAUGGGAAUUGUCGCUGUACGAAUUACACCGCACUCCGCAGGACGUGAUCACCGACAAUACGGAGAUCGCGGUCAGUCCGCGGAGUCUGCACAGCGAGCUCAUGUGUCCCAUCUGUCUGGACAUGUUGAAAAAGACCAUGACCACGAAGGAGUGUUUGCACCGUUUUUGCUCGGAUUGCAUUAUUACAGCUUUACGAAGCGGCAAUAAAGAAUGUCCCACAUGUAGGAAGAAACUGGUGUCUAAACGGUCCCUCAGGCCAGAUCCGAACUUUGAUUUGUUAAUUUCAAAAAUCUACCCAAGCCGAGACGAAUAUGAAGCGCAUCAGGAGCGGGUUCUAGCUAAGCUGAACAAAUCACACUCGCAGGCUGCGCUCGUAAACUCUAUAACAGAAGGCAUUAAGCUACAGAGUCAGAAUCGUCCGCAACGUUCCAGAAAGAACGCGAAUGAGUCUGAGAAUGCGAGCAACGCGACGUCGUAUAACAACACAAACACCAGCGGCCCCACGACACCAAAUGCAUCCGCGAACGCGGCGAAUCAAAGCGACUCUUCUCAGAGCACCGGGCCAUUGAACAGCGGAGGUAUUUCUAGUAGUUCUCAGAAUGCCAACAGCAUUUCUCAGCCUGCGAGUAGCCCAGCAGUUUCCGGAACAACAUCUAGAAACUCUACCACACCAUCGCCAAACCCUGCCAAUCAAAUCCCGAAGCCGCCGAAACGCCAAAAGAGCCUUCAAAACUCCGAGAACGACUCCUCCAGUGCCGAGGCCGAAACCGGCGGUGGCGAUUCGAUGGUCGACACUGAAGGUGAAGGCCCCAGCGAGCCUCUCAUGCUGAAUGAAAUUGAGCUGGUCUUCAAGCCACACCCCACAGAGAUGGCCGGUGACAAUUCUCUCAUAAAAGCACUGAAAGAAAACAGCAUUCGCUAUAUAAAAACGACCGCGAACGCUACAGUGGACCACCUGAGCAAGUACCUGGCGAUGCGCCUGACGCUAGACUUAGACACGGAGUUGUCCGAGUCCGACAGGCUGCUGAAUUUCUGCAUCUAUAUCGCGCCCUCGCCCGGCCAGUUGGUGGUGCUGAGUGGCUCGCAGACGUUGCGACAGGUGAAUGACAGAUUCUGGCGCGUCAAUCGACCAUUGGAGAUGUUCUAUUCGUGGAAGAAGACCUAGGGAAGGCCUCGAAAGUACCAAUCGGACGGGAGCUAGUCGCGCUACUACGUCCCGGCAGCCGGAAAAUCGCCAGCGUAUCCGCGGACUACAGUAGAAUGCAUUUAAAUAUGGAAGAUACAUAUCAGCGAUGUAUUGUACUGUAUUUUCGCGCGAGCCUGCUCUGCGCUCCGGCAGACGCGGGAGACUCUUUCGUUUAUCACAUAGACAUUGGUGCAAUGUUUACGUCCUUUAGAACCCGUUGCUAGCAAUCCUUUCUUUCCAGCGAGAAUUUGCGGGUCGUUAGCCGAGAUUGGUGGUUGAGGGCAAUCCCUGAGAUCCCUCGGAGCCGACUUGAGCGAUGUCGUGCGUCCUGGUACUGCGCGUCCACUUUGUACGUGCGGCCCCACCACACAGUACAGGCAAGGUAUCUUGUGCCGCGUCCAAAUUGUCCAGAAUCUUCUUCGGUCGUAUGCUACACUUCCGAGGCGCACCUGCUGUAAUUUCGCCGUACAUAAUCCGUACGUUGGACAGGCUCCGUUAAUGAGCAGUGGUUGACAUCACUGAUGUCGAUAAUGACCAGCCGAGAGGAGACUUGCGGAGACAAUCCUUGGACAGGCUUGUUUUUCGCGGGGCUCUCGCGACAAAUCGCGACGAAAAUUUGCCGUAGCGCGAUCUACCGUGACCAACAUCUCAACAGGUAUUGGCACGAAUUAACGCCGGCGCCGGUGAGGGCUGAUUCGGUUCAACGUUCGACACUCGUUAAGGCGACUCGUUAGGACUUUCGCUCGCGAAGCGGACGCAUAACUUCCAGGAUGUACGAUCGUCACUUAAAGCCGAAGUGCAAGGCCGAGGCGCGGCGCGGCGCUUCGACUGGACCAUCGGCUCGGCGAAUGUGUAUAUGAAGGAACAGAGCCUAUAGUCGAAUUGCAAUUACCAUUUCGCAUCGUAUAUUAAGUAAUGUCUGCGGGAAUUAUGUACAUUCAUAACCGGUAUGUGUUAUAUUCGCGCCUACUCGUAUACGCCGCUCUCCAUCGCGCUCUCAAUGGUCUCGAUAGUCAUUAACUUAUUUAAACAAUCCUUAAUCUCAUUGUGGACCAUUCUGUAUAGUUUCCAGUGAAGAAGACGAAUAAAUCCGUGUAUAUACCAAG